CGUGGGAUGGAGCCUAAGAUUAUGGCGGUUGUGUGAGUCGGGAAGAGGGGCGGAAUAUUUUGACUGUUCCUCUUUAAUGUCUUCAAUUGCAGGGAAAGCAGUUGUUCCUGACUCAGGAGGACAAUCUCAAAAACAUGUGGAAUGAUAUUGAGCUGUUAACAAAUGAUGACACAGGAAGUGGGUACCUAAGUGUUGGCUCAAGAAAAGAACAUGGAACUGCUUUAUACCAAGUAGAUCUGCUAGCGAAGAUCUCCUCCGAGAAGGCCUCGUUAAACCCAAAGAUACAAGCAUACAGUUUAAGUGAUGGGUUUAUUAUUAUAGCAGACCAGUCAGUGAUUCUGCUUGACAGCAUCUGUAGAUCGCUUCAGUUGCAUCUAAUGUUUGAUACUGAAGUGGAUGUGGCUGGCCUCUGUCAAGAAGGAAAGUUUCUUUUGGUUGGUGAGAGAAAUGGCAACUUGCAUCUUAUUCAUGUAACAUCAAAGCAAACAUUACUCACUAAUGCUUUUGUUCAGAAGGCUAAUGAUGAAAAUGAGUGUACUUACCGGAGUCUUGUUAUUGAGAAAGAUGGUUCAAAUGAAGGUACCUAUUAUAUGUUGCUCCUUACAAACAAAGGAUUCUUUUACAUUACAAACCUUCAGCUCGUAAAAAUUCAGCAAGCAAUUGAGAGUGUAGACUUCAAUACAGCAAAAAAGUUACAAGGACAAAUCAAGUCCACUUUUAUAUCAACUGAAAAUCAUCAUACUCUUGGUUGUCUUAAUCUUGUUGUCGGCGAUUUAGCAAGUGAAAUCCCUGUGAUAAUUGGGGGAACUGGUAAUUGUGCAUUCACAAAAUGGGCACCAGAUUCUUCCAAGAAAGGAAUGGUUGUUAAGAAUAUUAUUGAUUCAGAGAUUAUUAAAGGUGCAAAGAAGUUCCAGCUCAUAGACAACCUACUUUUUGUUCUUGAUACACAAAAUGUGCUAAGCUUAUGGGAUAUCUACACUCUAACUCCUGUGUGGAACUGGCCCUCUCUUCACAUGGAAGAGUUUCUCCUUACUACGGAAGCAGAGUCUCCCUCGUCAGUCACGUGGCAAGGGAUCACAAAUCUCAAACUAGUAGCUCUGACAGCUACUACUAAUAAGAAGAUGAAAAAUCUUGCAGUUUAUACAUUACCUACAAUGGAGAUACUGUAUUCUUUGGAAGUAUCUAGUGUUUCUUCACUGGUUCAAACUGGAAUUAGCACAGAUACCAUAUACCUUCUGGAGGGAAUUUGCAAAACUGAUCCCAAACUAUCUGAAGACUCAGCCUCUGUCUUAGUACUUCGAUGUCUUACGGAAGCUUUACCAGAAAACAGACUGAGCCGGUUACUCCACAAACACAGAUUUGCUGAAGCCGAGAACUUUGCCAUUCAGUUUGGACUAGAUGUGGAGCUUGUUUACAAGGUAAAAUCAAAUGAUAUACUGGAGAAACUAGCUUUGAGUUCUGUGGACAUCAGUGGGCAGACUGAAUGGCAAACACUUGUAGAUGAAGCUAAAGAAAAUCUACAUAAAAUCCAGGAUGAUGAAUUUGUGGUGAACUACUGCUUGAAGGCUCAGUGGAUAACCUAUGAAACAACCCAGGAAAUGCUAAAUUAUGCCAAAACCAGGCUUUUGAAGAAAGAAGAUAAAACUGUUCUUGCCUGUUCUGAUGGCUUAAAAGAGGUACUAAAGGCUCAUGCAAAGCUGACUACUUUUUAUGGAGCAUUUGGACCAGAAAAAUUCAGCGGUAGUUCUUGGAUUGAAUUUCUGAAAAAUGAAGAUGACCUGAAAGAUAUUUUUUUACAACUAAGAGAAGGAAACCUAGUUUGUGCACAAUACCUUUGGCUCAGACAUCGGGCCAACUUUGAAAGCAAGUUUGAUGUGAAAAUGCUUGAGAGUUUGCUCAACUCAAUUUCUACUCCAGUCUCUUUGCAAAACCUUUGUCCAUGGUUUAAAAAUGACGUGAUUCCAUUUGUGCAAAAGACUGUACCUGAAGGACAGCAAAUUCUUGCAAAAUGGUUGGAGCAAGCAGCCAGGAACCUUGAAUUAACUGAUAAGGCAAACUGGCCAGAAAAUGGACUUCAACUAGCAGAGGUAUUUUUUACAGCAGAAAAACCAAAUGAGCUAGGAUUGACCUCCUCUUGGCAUUGGAUUUCCUUGAAGGAUUAUCAAAACACAGAGGAAGUAUGCCAGUUAAGGACUUUGGUAAAUAACUUGCAAGAGCUGAUCACAUUGCACAGGAAAUACAACUGCAGAUUGACCCUCUCUGAUUUUGAGAAGGAGAAUACAACCACCAUAGUGUUUCGAAUGUUCGAUAAAGUGUUGGCCCCAGAGCUUGUUCCUUCCACCUUAGAGAAGUUUAUAAGAGUUUACAUGAGAGAACAUGACUUGCAAGAGGAAGAACUUCUCCUACUGUACAUAGAGGAUUUAUUGGAGAGGUGUAGCUCAAAGUCUACGUCACUCUUUGAAACGGCAUGGGAAGCAAAAGCCAUGGCAGUAAUAGGAUGUUUAUCUGACACAGAUCUCAUAUUUGAUGCUGUCCUUAAGAUAAUGUACGCAGCUGUGGUCCCCUGGAGUGCCGCUGUAGAGCACCUGGUGAAACAGCAUUUGGAAAUGGACCAUCCCAAGGUCAAGUUAUUACAGGAAAGUUACAAACUAAUGGAGAUGAAGAAACUUUUACGAGGUUAUGGAAUAAGGGAGCUGAAUCUCUUAAACAAGGAAAUCAUGAGGGUGGUCAGGUACAUUCUCAAGCAGGAUGUCCCCUCUUCCCUAGAGGAUGCUUUGAAGGUGGCACAAGCAUACAUGUUGCCUGAUGAUGAAAUCUACAGUUUAAGGAUAAUCGACUUGAUUGACAGAGGUCAGGGUGAAGAAUGUCUCCUCCUAUUGCGGUCUUUGCCUCCUGCUGAAGCUGAGAAAACUGCAGAGCGAGUGAUCAUAUGGGCACGUUUGGCAUUACAGGAAGAACCAGAUGAUUCCAAAGAGGACAAGGCCUGGAGAAUGUCUGUAGCGAAGACGUCAGUAGACAUUCUUAAAACACUGUGUGACAUUCAGAAAGACAAUCUGCUGAAGAAGGAUGAAUCUGAGGAAGUCUUAGACCUGUUUAAAGCUGUUGCUAGCUUGCAGGAGAACUUUGAUGUCUUCCUUUCAUUUGAAGAUUAUAGCAGUAGUUCCCUGGUGGCAAAUCUCCACGAACAGCACAUUCAGGCUCAGGAAGUUGCCCAGGCUAAGCACAAACCCAGGAGGCCCCCACAGCCCAUGGCUGCUGGGACGCAGAGCCUGCACCCGGAAUCAAAGCUACACAGACAGGCGCUGGCACUGCAGGUGUCGGAACAAGAGCUGGAGGCAGAGCUGACCCUGAGGGCCCUAAAAGAAGGGAAAGUCGAAACAGCACUGAAAAAAUGCAGAGACUUGUUUAAGUAUCACUGCAAUGCCGACACUGGGAAGUUGCUGUUUUUGACAUGUCAGAAGCUUUGUCAUAUGUUGGCUAACGACGUCCCAAUGAUAAUACCUGUGGGAAUAAAUCUUCCUUCAGAGAUACAUGACUUAGCCUGCCAAGCUGCCACCAUCUGUAGCCCAGAUUUUUUACUAGAUGCUUUAGAACUAUGUAAAUAUACUUUAACAACAGUAGAACUUGCCAGGCAGUGCCAAAUGGAUGACUGUGGAAUUCUAAUGAAAACUUCUUUUGGAACACAUAAAGAUCCUUAUGAAGAGUGGUCUUACAGCGAAUUCUUCAGUGAAGAUGGAAUUGUCCUUGAGUCACAGAUGGUGCUACCUGUUAUUUAUGAAUUGAUUUCAUCACUUGUGCCUCUAACUGAAAAAAGGAAGAGACAUCCCUUGGAUUCUGCAAGUUUGCCAUACUGCUCAUCUGGUGAAGGUGACAGCCUCAUUUUACCAAUUAUAAGUUCCAUUUCUGCCCUGCUUCAGAACCUCCAGGAAUCUAGCCAGUGGGAGCUGGCUCUCCGAUUCGUGAUCGGUUCAUUUGGCACCUGUCUUCAGCAUUCAGUGUCAAACGUCAUGAAUGACAGUUUGAGUGAAAAGCUGUUUGGAGAAACCACAUUGGUUAAAUCAAGGAACGUUGUUAUGGAAUUGAAAGAAAAAGCUGUUAUGUUUAUCAGGGGGAACGCUACAACGCUGUUACACAAAGUAUUCAAUUGUCGCCUGGUGGAUCUGGACUUGGCAUUGGGUUACUGCACUCUCUUACCCCAAAAAGACGUGUUUGAAAACCUCUGGAAGCUCGUAGACAAAGCGUGGCAGAAUUACGACAAAAUUUUGGCAAUAUCUCUGGUGGGCUCUCAGCUGGCCAAGCUCUAUCAGGAAAAAGAAAUGGAACUUAAGUUCUGUGAACUCAGUACUGAUGCCCAGUGGGGUGUCCGUCUCAGCAAACUUGGUAUUUCUUUUCAAGCAGCUUUCAGGCAACAUUUUCUAACCAAGAAAGACCUCAUUAAAGCUCUUGUGGAGAAUAUAGAUAUGGACACAAGCCUCAUUCUGGAAUAUUGCAGUACCUUCCAGUUGGACUGUGAUGCAGCUCUCAAGCUGUUCAUCGAGACGCUGCUGCACCCAGCUACUGUCAGCCAAGGCCAGGGAGACGCGGCUGCGGAGUUCACAAAGCAGCAGCACCCCAAACUCCUGGCCAAAGCCGUCGAGAUGGUCCCUUUACUGACGAGCACGAAAGAUUUGGUCAUCAGCCUUAGUGGAAUCCUGCACAAGUUGGACCCUUAUGACUAUGAAAUGAUUGAGGUUGUCCUGAAAGUUAUAGAAAGAGCCGAUGAGAAGAUAACCAACAUUAAUAUUAAUCAGGCAUUGAGCCUUCUGAAACAUUUGAAGUCAUACAGAAGAAUUUCUCCUCCAGUGGACCUAGAAUAUCAGUAUAUGUUGGAGCAUGUAAUAACUUUGCCAUCAGCUGCCCAAAACAGACUGCCUUUUCACUUAAUAUUCUUUGGCACAGCACAGAACUUCUGGAAAAUUCUCUCUACAGAACUCAGUGAAGAAUCAUUCCCAACAUUGCUCUUAAUUUCUAAGUUAAUGAAGUUUUCUUUGGACACUCUGUACGUGUCCACAGCCAAACAUGUUUUUGAGAAAAAACUGAAGCCGAAGCUCCUGAAGUUAUCACAAGCUAAGUCCUCAACUCUGAUGACCAAGGAGGUAACCAAGAUCACUCAAACCAUCGAGUCCUACUUAUUGUCUAUAGUUAAUCCUGAGUGGGCAGUCGCUAUUGCCAUCAGUAUUGCCCAGGACAUUCCAGAAGGUUCCUUCAAAAUGUCUAGUUUGAAAUUCUGCCUUUAUUUAGCUGAGAGAUGGCUACAGAAUAUCCCAGCUCAGGAUGAAACGCGUGACAAAGCCGAGGCUCUGCUGAAGAAGCUUCAUAUUCAGUACCGGCGGUCGGGCACCGAAGCCGUGCUGAUCGCCCACAAGCUGAACACCGCCGAGUAUUUGCGCGCGAUCGGGAAGCCAGCCCACCUCAUCGUCAGUCUGUACGAGCACCCCAGCAUAAGUCAGAGGAUUCAGAACUCAUCAGGCAGGGAUUACCCCGAUAUUCAUGCAGCAGCUAAAGAAAUAGCUGAAGUCAAUGAACUGAACUUGGAAAAAGUCUGGGACAUGUUGUUGGAAAACUGGCUGUGCCCUACGUCAAAACCUGGUGAAAAACCUUCAGAAUUUUUUGAACUUCAAGAAGAUGAAGCACUUCGAAGAGUCCUGUAUCUCCUUCUGUCUCGUCCGAUCGAUUACAGCUCAAGAAUGCUGUUUGUCUUUGCAACAUCCACUACAACCACUUUAGGUACACGUCAGUUAACUUUUGCCCAUAGAACACGGGCUCUUCAGUGUCUCCUGUAUUUGGCUGACAAGCAAACUGUAGAGUCUCUCUUCAAAAAACCAAUUGAAGAAGUGAAGUCGUAUUUGAAGUGUAUAACCUUUCUGGCAUCAUUUGAGACUCUGAAUAUCCCCAUCACGUAUGAAUUGUUUUGCAACAGCCCCAAAGAAGGAAUGAUUAAGGGUCUGUGGAAAAACCAUAGCCACGAAUCCAUGGCUGUGCGGUUGGUGACAGAGCUUUGCUUAGAAUACAACGUCUAUGACCUGCAGCUCUGGAACGGGCUCUUGCAGAAGCUCCUCGGCUUCAGCAUGAUUCCUUAUCUAAGAAGGGUGUUAACUGCCAUCUCUAGCAUCCAUUCUUUAUGGCAGGUUCCUUACUUUAGCAAAGCGUGGCAGCGUGUGAUACAGAUACCACUACUUUCAGCCUCUUGCCCUUUAAGUCCAAAUCAGUUAUCAGAUUGUUGUGAGAGUCUCGUCGCCGUCUUAGAAUGUCCAGUUUCAGAUGACCUCGACAUGAUCGGCGUUGCCAGGCAGUAUGUCCAGCUAGAGCUUCCAGCUUUUGCGUUGGCCUGUCUCAUGCUCAUGCCCCACUCAGAAAAAAGACACCAGCAAAUUAAGAACUUUCUGGGCUCCUGCAAUCCUCAGAUCAUUUUACAGCAAUUAGAGGAGCAUAUGAAUACUGGCCAGUUAGCAGGAUUUUCACAUCAAAUUAGAAGUUUGAUUCUAAAUAACAUCAUAAAUAAGAAAGAGUUCGGAAUUUUGGCAAAGACAAAAUACUUUCAAGUGUUGAAAUUGCACAUGAUGAAUACCAACAGUAUCACUGAACUAGUAAACUAUUUGGCAAAAGAGUUAAGUUUAGAUGAAGCUUCAGUCUUUAUAAUGGAAUACUCAAAGCACUGUGGGAAACCUGUGCCCCCAGGCGCUGCUCCCUGUGACAUUCUAAAGAUGUUUCUUAGUGGAUUAUAGUAAAUCAUCAAACCUUUUUCAAGGUCAAGAGGAAGUUUGGAGUCUGCUGCUAACUGACAUAUUUAUUAUGGCUUUAAAAUUGUUUUGUGCUCUGUGUUAUACAGGUGUUUGUUAAAUGUUAUCCCACAGUAAUAACUAAGAUGCUUAAUAGUAGCGUAAUUUUGCCCCAUAUGGAACUCAUGUCCUGAAUUAAUAAAUCAGAUUUUUUUUUUGCCACAGCGACUUGUAUAAUUUAUUUAGACUGUCAUUUGUUUGCACAAAUACGAAGGAAAGAAAAUGCAAAAUAUUUUGCUCCCCACCCAAGAAAACCAACUUCUUAUAUCGUAUUUCUUUCAUAUAUAAAAAUAACACUCUUUUUAAUGUUACCCUAAAUCAUAUCAC